AUGCACAAGCGACUAACGAUAUAUCAUAUUAUUUCAGCAGUGUGUUGCUUGAUGUCACACCAGCCGAUCCGCGUUGCCCAGCCGCCGACACAAACGCAGUCGCGUUCACAAGCUGCGAAAAGCUAUCAGAGUUCUAGUUCUACGAAAUACGACAACUUGAUUCGAGUUGCUGAGCAGCAGCGCUGUUUAAUUGACGCUAAUCGACGCACAAUUCAGUUGUGGGAGGCACGUGGCAAUCGUGUCGACAAUGCGCCUAUACGCCUUGCUGUCUUAAGAAAUGAGGUUUUGUAUGAAGAGCGAGAAAUGGCUCGUUUGAAAAUGAUGGAACGUGAAGCGAAGGAAACAGCGUCACGUAGAGUGGUAGCUGAAAAGCAGCUCAGCGAAAUGCAAGCAAAUUACACCUGGCAAGAGCAACAUUUGAGGAGCGUCAUCUCUAAAAUUACUUCCUUACAAGCACAGGUAUGA